CUUUCAGCAGAGCCAGCCAGCCAGCGCGGAGCCCGCUCGCCGUGUAAAGUUGAGCCUCUUCCCCGGUAGUCUCGUGCUGUUUCCCCGCUGUCAGUUCCUCUCUCUCCCCCCCCGCCGACGCUCCAACAUGCUUCUCCACCUGCAGACAACAACGUGGGAUGUAUCCGCUUCGAGUGGAAACUAACCGCCGGCUCCGCUGCUGCUUGUGUCCGUGUUCUGGUCUCCUUCAGCCGGGGAAACUGAGCGUCUUUAUCCACCGCCGCCACUUGAAUUCAUUUGUCCCACCGCCGCUGUCAUUUAUGGACCGCGGGAGCUCCGAGUGACCGUUUGGAGCCGAAUUCCCGUUCACGCACCAGCCGAAGAUGGAGACGGUGAUGGAGAGGGAGUGCAGCGCGCUGGGGGGGCUUUUCCAGACCGUCAUAGGAGACAUGAAGGGCAGUUCUCCAGUUUGGGACGACUUCAUCAGCAAGGCCAGCAAGCUACAGUCACAGCUCAGGACGACGGUCGUCGCGGUAGCAGCCUUCCUGGAUGCCUUUCAGAAGGUGGCCGACAUGGCGACCAACAGCCGAGGAGGGACCAGGGACAUCGGUUCAGCCCUCACCAGGAUGUGCAUGAGGCACCGCAGCAUCGAGGCCAAACUCCGCCAGUUCUCCAUGGUGUUUCUGGACUGUCUGAUCAACCCUCUCCAGGAGCAGAUGGAGGAGUGGAAGAGAGUGGCCAACACUCUGGACAAAGACCACGCCAAAGAGUACAAGAAGGCCCGUCAGGAGAUCAAGAAGAGAUCCUCAGACACUUUAAAGCUGCAGAAGAAAGCAAAGAAAGCUGAUGUUUUUGGCCGGGGGGACCUCCAGCCUCAGCUGGACAGCGCCAUGCAGGACGUCAGUGAUAAAUACCUGCUGCUGGAGGAGACGGAGAAGCAGGCGGUGCGGAAGGCGCUGGUGGAGGAGAGGAGUCGAUUCUGCUGCUUUGUCUCCAUGCUGAAGCCUGUCGUGGAGGAAGAGAUGUCCAUGCUGGGAGAGAUCACUCACCUCCAGACUCUGACAGACGACUUAAAGACUCUGACGAUGGAUCCACACAAGCUGCCGGCCUCCAGCGAGCAGGUCAUCGUAGACCUGAAGGGCUCCGAGUGCACCUGGUCCUACCAAACUCCGCCCUCGUCACCGAGCACCACCGUAUCCAGGAAAUCAAGCAUGUGCAGCAGCCUGAACAGUGUGAACAGCAGCGACUCUCGCUCCAGCGGCUCCCACUGCCACUCCCCCACCUCCCAUUUCCGUUACCGAGCCUCCUCCUCCUCCUCUUCCUCGGUGCUCCCCCAGCAGACGCCGGCCCGCCUCUCCUCCAUCUCCUCCCACGACUCUGGCUUCAUCUCCCAGGACGCCUUCCAGUCCAAAUCCCCCUCGCCCAUGCCGCCGGAGAGCUCACAGUUGUCGAAUGGUUUUGACCAUCACGCUGCCCUCUGUCUGCACGGAGUGGUACUGCAGGCCCAGGACCCCCAUCUCCACUCUCCAUUCUUCACCUCCACCACCUCCACCACCUCUCCCAUCUCUUCGCCCUCCUAUUCGUCCGUUUCCCCCACGUGGCCGUGGUCUCGUUCAGGCUCCGGCCAAUCGGGAGAGUUCCCGCCUCUCGGAUUGAUCCCGUCAUCCAGAGUCCCGUCCUGGAAGGACUGGGCCAAACCGGGCCCUUAUGACCAGUCAAUGGUCAACACCCUGAAGAGGAGCAGGGACCGGAGAGAGACUACAGAUCCCAGCAGCCACCACGGCGCCGACGUCUCCACAUCAGGGGAUGAGCCGCAAGGGCUUAAAGGAAGCCACUCUGUGACAUCGCCCAGAGAGGACAGGGAGGCCCACGAGGAGUUGGCCCGAGCGCUGGCCCGAGGCCUCCAGCUGGACAUCCAUGGCUCCAGCAGAGACUCCCUGCAGGGCUCCAGCGGCUACAGCAGCCAGACCAACACACCCUGCUGCUCAGAGGACACCAUCCCAUCACAAGUUUCAGCCAGGUGUACCUAA